AUGGACCAACAGAUUUUGCAGGCUGUGGACAUCGCAUCGAGCGCCACAGCGGACGUCCAGCUGAAGCAGCAGGCGCUAGAGUAUAUCACGCAGAUCAAAGACUCUUCGGAUGGAUGGCAGCACUGUGUGAAUCUUCUGAGCUCCAAUGCUCAGCUUUCGCCCAACGUCAAGUUUUUCAUUUUCCAGGUACUCGAUUCUAGACUUCCGUUCAUGGACAACUCGCAAAAGCUGGCCGUCAAGGAUUAUCUGUUCAACUAUUUGAAGAAUUUGCUCGACAAGAAUUUGGUGGAGCCCGUUUUUUUAAGAAAUGCCCUUUCCAAGACCUUUGGGCUACUUUUUGUCCAUGCCACACUUUCCUGUUACCAGACGCUCAUCAAGGACCUCCUCUCGCCAGUCCAGGCAGGAGGGACUUUUAAUGAGCUAGCCACAGACUACUAUCUACGGACUCUGCUCGUGAUCCACCAAGAGAUCGGAGAUCAAAUGAUCGCUCGCGAACCGGAACAUCACGAAAGAAACAAUUUGUUAAAGGAUGCUAUCAGAGCCAAUGACAUGACACUGAUGACUGAGUCAUGGAAAAGCAUCUUGAAACACUUUUCAAGUACAAACACAGCACUGAAGAGAGACAUAUUGAACAACACCAUUCAGUGUAUUGGUGAAUAUGUCUCUUGGAUCGAGAUCAACCUUAUUCUCGAUGAAGAGUAUUUAGGAUUGCUAUACCAGUUUCUUGCUAGCCCCGACGACCAACAGAAAAUCACGACUGCAGGGUGCUUCAAUGAGAUCUUGCACAAAAAGAUGGCGCCAAUCAAAAAGUUGGAGCUCAUCAAUUUUCUCAAUCUGACCAGUAUCCUGAAUCAAAUGGACCUCAAGUCCAAAGAAGCAGAUUUUGAUGUGAAUGUGGCAUUUUCCAAGUUGGUAGAGAACCUAGGAUCAGAGUUAGUCAACGUUCUCGACACCAGCUCCAACGAGGAACUGGCAAACACGGAGUUCAAAAACUUAACCAUCAACAAAAUAAUCGAUGUUUUCCCGCUCAUUUUUGAAUACCUCGAUAACGACUACGACGAUGUCGCGCUUGAGGUUUUCCCCUUCAUUGGCAACUUUUUGCUUUUCCUGAAAAAGAACAUCACUAAUGAACAGGUUGAUUUUUCCUACCUAUCAAGCGAUGAAAUUCUCACAACACUGCUGAAAAAAAUCAUCAUGAGAAAGAAGUUCGACGAGGAUGAUGAUGGCUCCGAGGAAGAGUCGAUCGAGCAAUUCCAAGAGGUGAGGAACAAGCUGAACUCUUUCCACGAUUCCAUUGUCAUUCUAAAUGAAACAUUAGCAUUAGACGUCAUGAUUAACUGCAUUAAUGAGUCGCUUUUCAAUUCCAACUCGGACUGGCGCACCAUCGAACUUGGAAUGUAUGAAUUGAGUCACUUUAGCGAAAUUCUACGAAACAAUGUCAUGAAUCUGCCCAAGACCAUGAUCAACAAUUCCCGGCCAUAUUUCGUUUUUAACGAAAUGCUUUGUAAGGUGAUCGAUGGCUCAACUACAUUUCUGGUCAAUCAUUCGCUGAUCCAAUUGUUAUUCUUCGAACUUGUUCUGAAACACUAUACUUUCUUCACAAAUAAUAAUAUUCAGGUCGAUGGAGUCAACAAAGACGAGAUUUUGCUGAAGGUGCUCAAGAUUUUUGUUUCCAAUUUCGGAGUAUUCAGCGAAAACGACAAAGUGAAGUACCGCUCAUGGUAUUUGUUUUAUAGAUUCAUCAAACUAACGAAGCCACCUGUGGACGACUUCAUCCUCGAAGAGCUAAUCAAAAGCUUGCUUCCGCUUUUGAGCUUUGACUUCGAGGUCACUAGCCAGGCUAAACUCUCGGAGGACAUUGAUCUGAGUCUCAUUGAUACAAACGGCAGCUUCGAUCACCAACUCUACUUGUUUGAAUCCAUUGGUUUGCUGCUUUCGCUGAUCAGAAAAUCUGACAAACGUGUUUCCAUGUUUGAAUCAGUGCUCCAGCCAUUAUUUUCAAAUUUGGAAAAAUGCAUCAACAACAUGUCGCAACUGAACCUCGGCCUGGUAGUCCAAGUCCACCACUCACUUGUAUCGGUCGGUACUAUUUUGAAAGGUUUUGAAAGCUUGAAUGUUGUCGAGUUUGAUGAAAAGUUUGUUGCACUGUUACAGCAGAUCUCCCAGGUGGUGCUCAUUACUUUGGAAAAUUUCCUUGCAUUCAACAUUGUCAGAGAGGCCUCUGAAUUCUGCGUUGUGAGACUCUUUAUUCUUUUCAUCAAAACUCCAUCAGAAGCUCUGGAGCAGUUGCUUUCCAAGUUUAUCUCUGUUAUUAUGAUCAAUUUCGACAAGCUCAAAUUACAGGAGAUUAACAAUUUCUUGAACUUUAUCGGCCAGAUCAUGCACCACUGUGGCAAGUCGCAACAGAUAUACAUAAUGCUGAACUCGCUGCUCACGCCGCUGGUCGCCAAGGUCAUAUCCCGUAUAGAAACGGACUCAUCUGCUGCGCAGGACGACUUUAUGAAGAGAGACAUUUUAGACACGCAGAAAUGUUUUAUUUCGCUCUUGGUCUCGAUGAACAGUGACCACGUGAGCUCUUUGUGGCUGACAAACGAAAACAAAGGUACUCUAGUCAACAUCAUCAAUCUUAUGUUUAACUACAUCUACAACUACCAAAACAACGAUCUUUCGUUGGUUAAGGUGGCUAUCACGUGCAUCAACUCGCUAAUUCAAGGCGUUGGGCUCGGAAAGGUUGUGGAUCCAGAGGAUGUGUUCAAGAACGACACCAACGUGUUCGAAGAGGCCAAGCAACUGCUAGUGACGAACGCACUGUUAUUGGCCUGUGAAAUGAGUUUCAAGAUGAAAAGAGAGCUUUUGAACGAUGCCCAGUACCGCAACAGUAUUCUUUUGGAGGUCAUUCGCACUAUGAAGGCCGUCUGUUAUGCCGGAUGCGAGAUCCCUGAUCUACAAUCAACCAAGAAAAAUAAAGCCAUCAAAUUCAAUGAGGAGAUGGUGGAACAGCUACGGGCCUUGCUGAUCUCCAAUAUGGGAUUCCCCUCCGAUCUUGCGCAGGAUUUUGUUGAGAAGCUAGUCCAAUUUAGCGACAGACAGUUCCUCAAAUAUCUGAUCCAGUUGAUCGAGAAGAUGUAA